AUGACUCAACUAUCAAGACUCCCAGGCUCCGUAGAGAGGUACUUUCUCUACAAAAAUUUGCAGUCUACCUACACGAACUUCAACGUUAGUGCACGAUACAACCGUGGUGUGACACCUAGUCAAUUAGCAAAUGCUUUGCAAAGACUUGUUCAGAAAGAAGUCUGGUUGACGUAUUCUUUUUUCAGGGAUGAAGAUUUUAGCGACACUGAAGAUGACGACGGGUGGAGACUUAGCAUAGUGGAUCUAAUAAAGUUUGAGGAUGUGGUCAGCUUCGUCAAGAUCGAAGCAUUUGACGAGACUGUACUCAACGAUAUCCUCAAAUUGACAUGCCCUUACAACCAUAGAAAUCUUCCGUUAUGGAGAUUGAUAGUUUUUGAGUUACCAAGCGGUGAACAAUACCUAACCUUCUAUUUCGAUCACGCCCUAUACGAUGGAAGAUCCGGGGUCUAUUUUCAAGAGGCCCUCUGUGAUGAAUUAUCUAGCCUGAAAAAAGCGGAUCCUAUCGAAAUCUUGUUUGAGCAUGGAAAUUCGUCCACUACUGUCAAGGCCCCAAUGCCACCACUGGAACAUUACAAAGAGUUGAAUCCGACUAUUCUUGACUUAAUCCAGAUGGUUCUUGUCAUAAAAAGUCCUCCAAUUGUAAGAAAUGUCUUCAAUGUAUUCAGAAAUUGGUGGAAUUUAAUGGUUCCUGAUACAUACAAAAAUCCCCAAUUCACCUUUGGCAAGCCUAUUCCAGGCCCCGAAACCAGAGUUGCCAUCAUCAAGCUUUCACCCGCAGAAAUUUCCCAGGCUUUGAGUUAUUGCAAAUCCAAUAGUUUAACUUUAACACCACUACUUCACGCAACCUACUUACAAUGCUUAGAAGAAGUUGUUUUCUCGAAGAUCGAUUCCAGCACCAAGUUUAGCACUCUGACAUGCAUUGCCAUCGAUGUCAGAAGAUGCUUACCUCCUUCGAAAUCUUUUCAAGUUGGUAUGCUCAGUAACGUGGACAUUGUGGAAUUGCCUCCAGUUUUGGGACGGACCAAUAUGUUUGUGCGAUACCUCCAAAGCAGACUCAGCAAACAGGCAUCUUCCAACUUUAUGAGCAUUGGCCGUGCUUCAUUCUAUGGGUAUUUCAGGCUCAGGAAGUUAAGGGAAAUUUCAAGAACACCAAGCCGUGCUACCAACGUCUUAUCUAAUCUUGGAAGAAUUAAGGAAACAGAGCAAGAUUACAAAAUUGUUGAUGUAGUUUUCUCGCAGACAGUUGGAAUCAAGACCAACACUACCCUUUGUGUGGUUAGUAGCAAAGAGGGGGGGUUGAAUGCGGUACUCUCAUAUGUUCCUAACUUCGAUGACUAUUAUAAUGGAGAAGAACGGGUGAUGGACGUCUUCGUAAGAGAGUACAAGAGAAGAAUUCUUGCGAUAAUUGGUGGCUCCGAAAACCUCUAA